UUUUUAUGCGCUUGCCAACCCUUGUUUUCUCUCAUCUUAAGAGCAAGAGGGAAUGCGUGGAUGAAAAAGUAGAAAUAGGGACGUUGAGCUCGAAAACGCUCAUUCGUGAUCGUCAAUUUGAAGUGAACAUCGUGAACGUACAAUCCUGUGCUCAUCAUGACUGGAAGAGGAAAGGGAGGAAAAGGUCUGGGUAAAGGAGGAGCCAAGCGUCACCGAAAAGUGCUGCGGGAUAACAUCCAGGGCAUUACCAAGCCCGCCAUCCGCCGUUUGGCUCGGCGCGGAGGAGUGAAACGUAUCUCCGGCCUCAUCUACGAGGAAACCCGUGGCGUCCUGAAAGUAUUUCUGGAGAAUGUGAUUCGUGAUGCGGUCACUUACACUGAACACGCCAAGCGUAAGACCGUCACCGCUAUGGAUGUGGUGUAUGCUCUGAAGCGUCAGGGCCGCACUCUGUACGGUUUUGGAGGUUAAAUUUAUCUCUAUAAAACUUCCAUGUGGAGUCUCAAAUCAAACGGUCCUUUU